GACGAGCUAAUGACGUCGAUUCCAUCCCAGAAACAAAAAAACAAGAUCUCUGCACCCUCCUCUUUCAGGCAAUUUGAAUCCUGCUGCACAGAUAUUGAGCUUGCUGCACCGGGAUUGAUGAGUCAGCAAAAUGCAACCUUUUUAUCAUACAGAGGAAUGAAUUCCUUUAAGGUAAUAAUUGGUGUUGCACCAAAUGGAGUCAUUACUAAUGUCAGUCGCCUGUAUCCAGGUUCUAUUUCAGAGAAGGCCAUUGUGCAACAGUCUGGACUCCUUAAUCACUUGACAGCUGGAGAUAUGAUUCUGGCGGACAAGGGUUUCCUUAUCCAGGAUGUUGUACCACAUGGUGUCUGUGUCAAUAUUCCACCUUUUCUGAAUAAUGGAACUUUCACAGAGAGUGAGGUCAAGAAAACAAAAGCCAUAGCUAAAGCACAGUUUCAUGUCGAAAGAGCCAAUGCUAGGCUGAAAGACUUCAAAAUUUUAGGUGUCAUUCCUUUGUAUUUGCACUGCUAUGCUGACAUUUUGUUUCAGUUAUGUGGAACACUUGUAAAUUUGCAAUUUCCUCUCAUCAAAGAGGGAUGUGAAGAUAUGUUUUUUGAGUAGUUUUAUGUUUGAAGACUACAUUGGACAGUUUUUUAAUAAUUAUUGUUGUUCAAAUAGAAAAUGAAAUAAUUUGUAGACUGAGGCUUACUUAGAAGAAAAUACAGCUAGAGGGGUGGGGGUGGGUGGAGCAUUCUAAUAUAACAGUAAAGGGAUGAUUUUACCUCCUAGGGAUUACAAUAUUUAUCAUCUGGUA